UUGGCUAGUCAUAGAAAACAAAAUAUCGGAUAUUAACACGACUUUGAACGAUUCUCAGCCUACAACUAUAAUGUCCGACAUGAUGAAUACUGAUGUUGAAACAGAUAGUGUUUUGAAAUCGCAAGGAAUUGUGUCUUCUGAUAAUGCUGAUGCUGAACACACUACGGAAGUAGAAGUCUUAGAUCAUACCGCAAUUGUGAAAGGAGUCAUAUCGGAAAAUUAUGUACCCGGCAAUAAAGCACACAUGUGUGAUCCGUGUGUUAUUGACGAAUCGGAGAAUAGAGCAUGUGCAUUUUGCAUAGUAUGUGUUGAAUAUUUAUGCGAAAGUUGUUACAGGGAACAUAAGAAAUACAAGGCAACGAGAGGUCAUAAAGUAUUAAAGGAUACUAUUCCAGCUGAUCCUAGAAUAUUCAAAUAUAUUAGAAAGAUCAUGAUGUGUUCAGUCCACGAAGAAACGGAAGUGACACACAGAUGUGAAGAUCACAACAUAUAUGUUUGUGUACUUUGUACAGCUGGUAUUCACAGAAAAUGCGAAACAGUUGUUGAAUUGUCGGAGUCAUAUACCCAUUCAGAAAAAAGAGCUUCAGAUGUUCAAAUGAAAAUCAACGAACUUAAAGAAAAGAAUCAUAGAAUAUCUGUUACUCAAAAUUCGAAUAUUCUUGACUUAACGACGGAAAAGAAAGAUAUAAUAGAGACUGUUUCCAGCUUUACAUCAGAUUUGUUAGAGAUGAAAAACAAGCUAGUAAAUGAGGCUGACAUGAUGACUGAAGAACACCUAAAAUCACUGAAAGAUGAUGCAGCAAAAUGCACAAGUUUCGAAGAUGAAUAUAACUUAUUUCGUGAAGUAGUUGAAACGGUCGAACAGUAUGGAACGAAGACAGAGACCAACAUGCUGUUGACAGUUAUACAAGAAAAACUUGAACUCACGGAGCAAGAAAUUGAAAAACAACAAAACAGAGAAGAAAUACAUUUAUUCUAUAUAAGAAACAAACACAUGUCUGCUUUACAAAACCUCGGGACGUUUGAACUUAAAUGUAAGAAGUCAACAAAUGAUGGAGGAAAUGUUUGUGAAAAAAUAACAGAAUCAGACGUAGCAAAAGAUAAUACUCAGUCUGCCAAAGAGAUACCUACGCUUGCAGUGGAACAAUUUAAAAUAACUGAUGACGAAUCGAAAAAAGAUGAAGUGUUUUCUAUAAAAGUAGGAAAUGAAUUCUAUGACUGCUCUAUUUCAGGUUGUGUUGUUCUAGAUGAUGGUACAAUUGUUAUUAUCGAUGGAGAAAACCGAUCAAUUAAAGUAUUUGACACAUCCUACAAGUUCAUAUAUGGAGAAGUGAAUCCGGAACCACCAUCGGAUAUAUGUGUAACUGAGGAGUAUAAAUUAGCAGUAGUCUACAAAGUGCUAAAACGGAUAAGAUUUUUUGAGUGGAAAGAAAACAAGUUAUUGACCAUUCGUGAAAUUCCGACAAAGUAUGACAACCGCCAGAUUACUGCCAGAUGCACAUCUAAACGAUUAGCACUAGUUUGUAUAACAAACUACACACUGAGAGGUUUCAUACAAAUUCGAGAAUUUAGCGGAUAGGUGAUUCAAGAUAUUAGUUUAGACAGUAUCUUGGAUGGUUCAGAUCGAGGGGAAUUUGGAAUUUGCUACAUGCAAGACGGACUCGUUGUUGUUAGUAGAAGUAUUGGAGUUCAGUGUCUAAUACCAAGAAGAUCAGAAGGCUGCAUUACGAAGUGGCAGUUUAAUCUGGAUGAUAACACCGAGGUCACGCGAUAUAUUUCCGCUGACAAAGACGGAAAUAUAUACAUUUGUUCGCCAGCUGGAAACAGCAUAUAUCGAAUAUCCAGGGACUGCCCCAACCAAACGUUUCGAAAAUACGGAACCCACUAUGUGUUGCAAUCGGUUACGAAAGAAAAAGAUUGAUAGUGGGUUGUUUUAUGUCAAAUGUUGCACAUGUGAUCUCCGCAUCUCACUAACUGAACUAUAGACUAAAAGAUUAUGUAUAUACCGGUAGAAAGAUUUCCUGACAAAUUUUAAGGUCAUAUUAAGAUAUCCAAUUUAACCCCACAGGAACAAAUGUUUCUUUUUUCCAAUGUCACUGUCAAUUUAUUUUUUUAAUUUUUAAAUCAUUGUUGUGUUAACAUCGUUGUGUUUGGUAUGUUUCACAAACAAACACAUCUAUAGAGUUUAAUAUAAAAUUUAUAAACCUCCCAAUGAACAUUUUAUUGUUAUUUCUCGUCUUCAGCAGGCAUCUGCCUUCAGCGACCAGGUGGUGUCACUACUAUGGCUGGCUGAUUGACGACAGAUUUCGGUAAAAUAAGCAGGCUCGCAUUUAAAAACAAAACAUUGUGAUUGUUUUGUAUCAUAACAAGUUACAAGACAUCUAUAAACAUUUAUUUUGUCCGUGUUAAUCUUAAAAUAAACUUUCAUAAAAUGUAUUGCUUACUGUCUUGUUUAGCUGGUUUUCUAAAGUAAGUUGUCUCGAUCAUGAAUAGGCAACAACUUGAAUUUUGCUGGAUGAAAAUAAUUUAUAUUUUCCUGACACAUAUAUGUAACUUUAAGCUCGCAUGAUGAAAAAAUAAAACUCAAAUAUAUUGUAGACACUGGAUGGUUAGUGUUAGAGUCGGCUUUGGCCGAGAGUUUUCUUUAUGUUCCAGUUUUCUUAAUAUUUGUGAAUGCUUAGCUUUGGACUUUGUACAUUUGCUUAGCAUUAUUAGUUGAGUAAAUAGACGCAAUAUCAUAAUUCUGAUAUGCAUUUUGUAAUAAACUGCCCUUUUUAUACUUAAAAAAUGGAUUUUUGGCGGGGGAGGGGGUCAGUUUUCUGGUGUUUCGUAAAACUGCUUAACAUCAUCAGGUUAUUACGUUAAUCAAGAACUCGUAGCUCUCACAUGCAUUUUGUCGGAAUUAUGGUUCUGUUGGACUUCGAAAAUUGGAAUUUCUUGGUUGAAAUGUAUUUGUUCAGGUCCAGUUUUCUUGAAUACUAUAAGAUAUAGCUUUGAGACU